GCGCGCAGCCCCGGAAGGGGCGGGGCCGGAAGCGGGCGGUGGGAUGGAGCCGGCGCGGGAGCCGCGCGCCGGGCGCUCAGGUGCUCCUUCAGGGACAGAGCCAUUCCAGCCCUGACACCGUUCACCAGCGGAAGGCUGACUGUGGGCUGCAGCAAUCCGUAGCCUUCCCCACGUGCUGGUACAAGGUUUCCAAACCCAGAGGGAGCAUUCCCAUGGCACCCGUGACCUACUGAGGCAACUUGAGAGCACAGGAUGGAGGUGGUGAGCAGCACAGACCCCCACCUCCGAGAGGUGGUGUGGUUUGCAGUGCGCUGCAGAGCCCUGACCCUUCUGCUGCAGGCUCUCUUCAACCUCCUGAUCCCAGACCAUGCUGCGGACGCCUUCUCCCCGCCUCGCCUGUCCCAGCCUGGCCUGUGGGACGUGCUGCUGGAGCAGCUGCUGGGUGGGCUGUCCCGCUGGGACGCAGAGCACUUCCUCUUCAUCGCCGAGCGCGGUUACCUGUACGAGCACAACUGUGCCUUCUUCCCACUGUACCCCCUGAGCCUGCGAGCCGUGGCCGAGGGGGCUCUGUGGCCCCUGCAGUGGCUGCUGUGUGUGCGGAGCCGCCUGCUGCUCUCAGCUGUGCUGCUCAACUCCCUCUUCUCUGCCCUGGCAGCCGCUGCCCUCUAUCAGCUGGGCUGCCUUGUGCUGCAGUGUCGCAGGGUGGCUUUCCUCGCUGCCAUCCUCUUUUCAGUCAGCCCUGCCAGUGUAUUUAUGGCAGCUGCUUACUCAGAGAGCAUGUUUGCCUUCCUGGCAUUCAGUGCCAUGUGGCAACUGGAGAAGGGGCAGAGCUGGCUCAGUGGUCUGCUCUUCUCCCUUGCGGCUGGGGUGCGGGCCAACGGGCUUGUUAAUGCUGGCUUCUUUCUCUACUCCUGCAGUAAAUGCUUUGCCCUCCAGCUCCAGGUGGGUUCAGGGUCAGUAAGAAAGCUCCCUCUGUUGUGGAAGCAGCUCCUCAGCGCGGUGUCUUCCGUGGUUCUGAUGUGUGCUGGGAUUUUUCUACCUUUUGCUUUAUUUCAGUAUUAUGCCUAUGUGAGGUUCUGUCAUCCUGGAACCAGCCUGGAGCAGACUGUUCCUAAGCCACUGGUCCAGCUGGCUCUGGACAAGGGCUAUUCUCUGGCAGCCCCAAAUGGGGUUAAACCCCCUUGGUGCUCCCAGCAGGUCCCUGUGGCCUAUUCCUAUAUUCAAGACACUUACUGGAAUGUUGGCUUUCUCAGGUAUUUCGAGCUCAGACAGAUACCAAAUUUCUUGCUUGCUUUGCCUGUCACGCUUCUGGGCUCAUGGGCUGCCUGCGCUUACAUGAGUGCAAACCCGCGGCACUGCCUGACUCUUGGUUUAGAGAGAAGAAAGAGGGAAGAGGAGGAUAAACCAAGAGCUGGAUUUUGCUGCCCCGCUGUCUUCGUCUAUGUGGUCCAUGCCACGGUCCUGCUGGCAUUCGGGUUCUUCUGCAUGCACGUGCAGGUGCUGACCCGAUUGCUCCACUCCUCCUCUCCCAUCCUGUACUGGUUCUCCGCUCACCUCCUUCAGGAAUACGAACCUUUACUCCGGAGUGAAGGGACUGAUGAUCAAACCUCUGCACCUCGCUAUGAGGAAUCUCUUCAGGGUAAAUCUGGUUCCUGUGAGAACCCGGUGGUGAGGCUGGUGCUGAACUGCAGAUCCAUCACCCCGCUCAGCAGAUGCAUCCUCGGAUUCUCCCUGUCCUACUGGCUGCUGGGGCUGGUUCUGCACUGCAACUUCUUGCCGUGGACAUAGCGCGGGGCGCGUUGGUGCGGGCUGGUUGCGGGGCAGCAGCACUGGUCACAACUGAAACCCACUUGUUGAAGAAAGCCUGAUGUACGUGUA